CGUUCUGGCUGGUGGGGAAAUCACUGGGGCUGGAGCCAAUCCGCGCCGUGGGGCGGGCUGCCUCUGGCCACCCGCAGCCGCUCAAGGACUCCCCGUCCCGGCCCCUGGCACACGCGUCCCGGUCCCGGUGCCGGCAGCCGCCUUGCCCGCCUCCGCCUUCCUCAGCUCCCCGCGGCCGGCGGCUCCCUCUCCCCGCCCGGUCGGUCCCCUUCCUCUUUCCCAGGCGCUCUCCGCCUUUCAUUUCCCCUUUCCCCCGUUCCCUCCAUCCGCUGCCCCUGGUGAUUCCCCGGGCCUCCUGCCUUCACUCCUCCUUUCUCCCAUUCUCCCGCUCCCGUCUUUCUUUUUUCAUUCCCUCUUUCCCCUCUGCUCGCCCUUCCCCGUCCCCUUCUGGCUUCUCUUCUCCCUUCGGGUCUCCUCUAGUUCCCAUUCCCUCUUUCUUUCUUUCUUUCUUAUUUAAUCCCUUUCUUUCUUUCUUUCUUUCUUUCUUAUUUAAUCCCUUUCUUUCUUUCUUUCUUUCUUUCUUUCUUUCUUUCUUUCUUUCUUUCUCCCCCCCCCUCCCCGCCCCAGGAUCUCGGGUCAGGUCUAACAGACCGUCCUGGGGGCUCGACCUUUUCAUUUCUUCGCACAAGACCCAAGGCGCGUCCCGUCCCCCCCGCCCCACCCGGGGGGGGUCUCUGUCCCUCCCGGGGCUCCGAGCCGCCGAGAUGCCGGCGGGAUUUCAGCAGAUCAGCAGAGAGGAGGGGGACGAAGUCCCGCGGGAAGCCAGACCGGGGAUAACCUCGACCCUGGUGUUGUCGGUUUUCACGGCCGUGCUGGGGUCCCUGCAGUGUGGGUACAACAUCGGUGUCAUAAAUGCCCCCCAAAAGAUCAUCGAACAGAACUACAACGCCACCUGGCUGGCACGGCACAACUCGACAAUCGACCUGUCCACGCUCACCACCCUCUGGUCCCUGUCGGUCGCCAUCUUCUCCAUCGGGGGCAUGAUCUCCUCCUUCCUGGUGGGGGUCGUCUCCGAGUGGCUGGGCAGGAAGCGGGCCAUGAUCAUCAAUAACGCCCUGGCCUUCCUGGGCGGGGCCCUCAUGGGCCUGGCCAAGAUGGGCUACUCCUACGAGAUGAUGAUCCUCGGGCGGUUCCUGAUUGGGGCCUACUCAGGGCUGGUUUCUGGCUUGGUCCCCAUGUACGUGGGUGAAAUUUCCCCCACCCACCUGCGGGGGGCGCUGGGGACCCUGCACCAGCUGGCCCUCGUCAUCGGGAUACUCAUUGCCCAGGUGUUCGGGCUGGACUCCCUGCUCGGCACCCCCGAGCUCUGGCCCCUGCCUGGGGUGACCGUGGCCCCGUCGGCCCUGCAGCUGGUGCUUCUCCCCUUCUGCCCCGAGCCCCGGUACCUCCACAUCAUCCGCAACAAGGAGUCCAAGGCCAAAGAGGUGAGUUUGAAGCGGCUGACGGGGAGCGGCGAUGUGAGCGAGGCGCUGUCCGAGAUGAAGGAGGAGAAGCGGCGCAUGGACAUGGAGCGCAAGGUCUCCAUCGCCCAGCUCUUCCGCUGCCGGAUCUAUCGCCAGCCACUGCUGAUUGCCGUGGUGCUCCAGCUCUCCCAGCAGCUCUCCGGCAUCAACGCGAUAUUCUAUUAUUCCACCAGUAUCUUUGAGUCGGCCGGGCUGGAGCAGCCCGUGUUUGCCACGAUUGGCGCUGGGGCCAUCAACGCCGCCGUCACCGUUGUUUCGCUGUUCCUGGUGGAGCGGGCAGGCCGCCGGACACUGCACCUGGUGGGGCUGGCAGGCAUGAUGGUGUGCGCCGUGGUGAUGACGGUGGCGUUGGUGUAUUUGGAGCGGGUGCCGGCCACGAGCUACAUCAGCAUGGUGGCCAUCUUCGGCUUCGUGGCUUUCUUUGAGAUUGGGCCGGGGCCCAUCCCGUGGUUCAUCGUGGCCGAGCUCUUCAGCCAGGGGCCCCGCCCGGCGGCCAUAGCGGUGGCCGGGUGCUGCAACUGGACCUGCAACUUCAUCAUCGGCAUGGCCUUCCCGUCCAUGGCGGACCUCUGCGGGCCAUACGUCUUCCUCAUCUUCGCGGCUCUCCUCCUGGGUUUCUUCCUCUUCACCUACUUCAAAGUCCCUGAGACGCGGGGCCGGACCUUCGAUCAGAUCGCUGCCGCCUUCCGACGCACCCCGUCUCUGUUAGACCACGAAGUCAAACCCUCCACUGAGCUGGACUGUCUGGGGCCAGACGACAAUGCCUGACCCAGGGCAGGAGCCACCGGCCAGAGAGAGAGAGAGACAGAGAGACAAGAGGAAUGUAACCGUAACCAAGCACUUUAAUGACACAGGAAGGUUUAGAGAUUUUUAGAUUAGUUGUUUUGUUUUUAGAUUUGUGGGUUUUAUUUUUAAGAUUAUAUAUAUAUAUAUAUAUA